CAAUUAACCAAAAUUAUGACUCCGAAGGUAUGAAGUCCUCCCAAGAGCAGAGUCAGCUUCCACCAUCUCCAGCCAUCAGAGCACCUCUAACUGUGAACCAUCCUCAGACUUCACAGAAACUUAUACAAAGCCCAUUCAGCAGAUUUUUAAAACAGCUGUUAAGCAGAAAAAAUGACUACUUUCAGAUACAGAAAAAACUAAAACAGAAAAACUCUGACUCCAAGAGUACGAAGCUAUCCAGUGGGCAGAGUCAGCUUCCAAAAUCUUCGGUGGCCAGCACAACUGUAACUGAGAGCCAUGCCCAGACUCUUCAGAUGCCUACAACAACUCCAUGCAGCAGUUCCUUAACCAAG